UGAGCUGCAGGAAGCGGAAGUCCCGCCCCGUCGCGCACUCUCCAAGGAGGCAGAGGCAACGCGGAGUGGACGGAGGUGUCGGGAGAGUGUAUCCACAGCCACCAUGAGCCUCCUCAACAAGCCCAAGAGCGAGAUGACCCCGGAGGAGCUGCAGAAGCGGGAGGAGGAGGAGUUUAACACAGGCCCACUGUCCGUGCUCACGCAGUCGGUCAAGAACAACACCCAGGUGCUCAUCAACUGUCGCAACAACAAGAAGCUCCUGGGACGAGUGAAGGCUUUUGACAGGCACUGCAACAUGGUGCUAGAGAAUGUGAAGGAGAUGUGGACCGAGGUCCCCAAGAGCGGCAAAGGCAAGAAGAAGUCCAAGCCAGUCAACAAGGACCGCUACAUCUCCAAGAUGUUCCUGCGCGGGGACUCGGUCAUCGUGGUCCUGCGGAACCCGCUCAUCGCCGGCAAGUAGGGCCCGUCCCUGCCCACAGGACUCGCCAUCCGCCCCCCACCUGCAAAGGCUUGACCUUGACCCUUGACAUGAAAACAAUAAACUGUGUUUUUUUUCUA